AUGGCGCCGCCCAGGCUGUGGCAGUGGCCACGUGGUUCCGUGAGCUAAGAUGGCGGCAGCAGUUAGCCCGACGUCGGUGGAAUCUGCGCCCCGGAUAAUGAAGCUGGUGGCCGAGUGCAGCCGAUCGAGGGCCCGAGCAGGGGAGCUGCGGCUGCCGCACGGGCCGGUGGCCACUCCCGUGUUCAUGCCAGUGGGCACGCAGGCCACUAUGAAGGGCAUCACGGCCGAGCAGCUGGACGCGCUGGGGUGCCGCAUCUGUCUGGGCAACACCUACCAUCUGGGCCUGAGGCCGGGCCCCGAGCUGAUCCAGAAGGCACACGGUCUCCACGGCUUCAUGAACUGGCCCCACAAUCUGCUGACGGACAGCGGCGGCUUCCAGAUGGUGUCUCUGGUGUCCCUGUCCGAGGUGACAGAGGAAGGCGUCCGCUUCCGCUCCCCUUACGACGGCGACGAGUCCCUUCUGAGCCCCGAGAAGUCCGUGGAGAUCCAGAACGCUCUAGGCUCAGACAUUAUCAUGCAGCUGGACGACGUGGUCAGUAGCACUGUGACAGGGCCCCGCGUGGAGGAGGCCAUGUACAGGUCAAUCCGCUGGCUGGACCGGUGCAUUGCAGCCCACCAACAUCCUGACAAGCAGAACCUCUUUGCCAUCAUCCAGGGGGGGCUAGACGCGGAUCUCCGGGCCACCUGCCUCGAAGAGAUGACCAAGAGGGACGUGCCGGGCUUCGCCAUCGGGGGCCUGAGUGGGGGCGAGAGCAAGGGCCAGUUCUGGAGGAUGGUGGCUCUGAGCACCUCGAGGCUGCCUAAGGACAAGCCACGAUACCUGAUGGGGGUCGGCUACGCCACUGAUCUGGUGGUCUGCGUGGCUCUCGGAUGUGACAUGUUCGACUGCGUCUUCCCCACGAGGACGGCGCGCUUUGGCUCCGCCUUGGUGCCCACCGGGAACCUGCAGCUGAAGAAGAAGCAGUAUGAGAAGGACUUCCGGCCCAUAGACCCCGAAUGUGCCUGUCCUACCUGCCAGAAGCACAGUCGGGCCUUCCUGCACGCGCUGCUCCACAGCGACAACACGGCUGCCCUGCACCACCUCACAGUCCACAACAUCGCCUACCAGCUGCAGCUGAUGAGCGCAGUGCGCGCCAGCAUCGUGGAGAAGCGCUUCCCUGACUUCGUGCAGGACUUCAUGGGCACCAUGUAUGGGGACCCCACCCUCUGUCCCGCCUGGGCCACCGAGGCCCUGGCCUCUGUGGGAAUCACGCUGCGUUGAUCUGGUCCAGGCGACGGAGGGAGGGACUGGGAGGCAUUGAAAGGUUUUUUAAAAUUACUGUGCUAAUUUAGUGUGUUUCUGUGCCUUCUCGGGGAGGUGACCCGUCUUGAACCUCUUCCUCCUCUGAGUGUCACUGUGUCACUGUGGCCAAUAUUUCCCCCCAAUUCCCCCGCCCCGCUUCCUGUUGAUGAGCAUAGUAAGUAAUCAUAGCAGCUGCUGCUGAUACCUGGGAACCACCUGGCACAGCCCAGCAUGUAGCAUGUGGGGGUUGCAUCCUUUUUCCUGUGACUUUGCCCCGCCCCCCAGCCACCCUGAGGGUGGGCACUCUUGUUCCCCGACUUAUGACAGGUGAGGCAACAGGCCUAGAGAGGAAGUAGCUUGCCCAAGGUCACCGCUGAGGAAGUAGCAGGCUGGCUCCAGAGCUCACACUCUUAGCCUUGAACAUGGCUUCAUUUUGUUGUCAGCCAGCACAAUGAUGACAGUAGGUGUGACGUAAGGGGUGCUUACUUUGUGCCUGGGACUGUUCUAGAUGGUUGUUGCGUUGUGUAUUUAAUUACUGCAACUUUAUGAUGCAUGUAUAGCCACAUUCCCCAUUUUACAGAUGAGGAGACUGAGGUUCAGAGGAAUGUAGUCACUUGGCCAUUAUCACCCGGCAAAUACGUAGACCCGUGAUCUAACCUAGAGAUGGCCAGUUACAGAGCUGGUGCCCUUAGAAGAUAAGGGGUUUUAAAUUGAAAAAGUAAUACUUAUGUAGGAUCCACUAUUCUAACAGCAUAAAGAUGCAACUACUUUGAUGAGUUUGUGUAUUCUUCCAGGAAUUUUCCACGUGUACAUAUUUUUCAUGAAGUGUGGCGUCCUUUACCUGCUGUUCUGUACCUCCCCCGCCCCCUUUAGUAUAUUUGAAAUUGUUUACAUGUCAGAACAUGGACUUUCUGUCUUUUUUA